AUGUCUGAUGUGUGGAUCGUUUUCAGGGGACCGAAGAUCGGCCAAGGAGCUUUUGGGUCUGUAUACAUAGUAGAACUGAAGAAACCCAGAGCUUUUGGGUCGGUUGUGGCUGUGAAAUCGGCAGAUCCGUUAAAUGGGAAUUUGCUUAUGUGGGGAAAGAGGGUUCUUGAUGCUCUCCAAGGCUGUCCUAAUGUUAUCCAGACAUUUGGAGCAGACACGACAAAAACGAGGAAUGGGACUGUGCUCUACAAUGUCCUCUUGGAAUUUGCUUCGGGAGGAAGCCUUGCCGAUUUAAUACUAAAAUCAGGCUGUCGUGGGUUGUCUGAGAGUGAUGUCAGAAAGCACACAAAGGCUAUACUUGUGGGGUUGAAACACAUUCAUGCUCGUGGCUUUGUUCACUGUGACUUGAAGCCUGAUAAUGUUCUGUUUGUGCCUACUGCUGAUGGGUUUGAGAUGAAAAUUGCUGAUUUUGGAUUGGCAAAGAGAGUUCACAGUUACCAGACAGAGACAGAGACCCCAUCUUGGAGAGGGAUUUCCUGGUUUUUAGCACCAGAAUGUGUAAUUUACGGGCUACAAGAGGCCUUCUCUGAUAUAUGGGCUCUUGGAUGCACCGUGCUUAUCAUGCUCACCGGACAACUACCGUGGGCUACCAUGUCUAGUUCAAAGGAGUUUGAAGAUCUUAUGUCUCAAAUUCGGUCUGAAUCAGUGCCUGACAUUCCGGACGAGAUAUCAAACGCGGCAAAGGAUUUCUUGAAGUGCUGUUUUGCAAUAAAUCCCAUGCAUAGAUUGACAGCUGAUGUGCUGUUAGAUCACCCAUUUCUGGAGGAUUUAGAUGAGACAGAUUCUUCUUCACAUGUUCAACUAUCAAAAGAAGAAGCUGCAAAUGCUAAGAGGAUUAAAUGCAGUCCCUUGUCUUUUCCUUUUGGGUGUAGCUUCAUACCAUUUUUCAUACCCCUACCAGAUUCUUCAUCAGAAGACGAAGAGGAGGAGGACAUCCGACAACCUGCUGAUUCGUCUGCUGAGCAAAUUAGCCGGAGUGCAGUUUUCCCAAAACCACUCAUCCGCCUAAGGCCUUCAGCUCAUUGGCAACAUCCAUUUACUUUCACAGCUUGUGCCGGGGCUUAG